CUGCCAGAUCAUCAACCAGCUGUACUGUGUGACCGACCGACACACCAACUACGUUCUCUUACUCCCUCACCAACGUCCAUGUCUUCUACCAUAUAACGAUACCACACGACAAAAUCAAACGUAUACCACCACGAUGAACAUUAACCAUAAUGGCAGUACGACACCAGCAUGCAGCAAACACUUGUCCCUCCUGAACACAUCCAGCUCGCCAACAGCGGCGAGUUCUCUCCCUUCCCCGCCUUAUUCACCCCCUGCAAAUCGCAGCACACCGCCCACCAGUGCCCACGCACGCGGCGUGUCUCCCAACGACGCGACCAAAGCCCUCAAAGCCACCCGCCGGCAAUCUUCCAUCUCCUACGUGUCCUCACGCGUCGAUGUGUUUUCCCGACACGGAGCAUCCACGCAUACAACCGUGGCUGAUGGUUUGAUAGGAGCGGAUACGGUACUUGGAACGGGAGGUCUAUUCGAUGGGCACAAAAGGACUUCACGCUCAAUGAAGAGGCGGACUAUGGCAGGGCUCGAGGAGUUGCGCGGAUUAAACGCAGUUGGGGAAACUCGCGCACAUAGGAAUACCAGUACCAGUGGGAGUGUAGAAAGAGCUGCCUUGACAUUGGCUGAGAAGCACGCCGACCUCCUACACGCAAUUGCAGCCGCUGAGAGUAGACGUCUCGAGCUCACAGGUCAGCUUGCUGCUGUUGAAGGGGAUUUAGGAGAACUAAAACGCAAAUGGGAGCGUAUCGUCAACCGCGAACCAUACCACCCCACUCUUCCUUCGUCCACACCCACUGCUUCUGUCGUAGAUGGCCUCAAAGAAGGCGUUAGAUUACUUGCAGCGGGUCUGAGCGACCUAAGCGACCUCUCUUCUCCCAUCCCUUCACCAGCUCCUCCAAUAAAUAUAGAAGACACAACGAGUGUCCCGAGGCGUCAUGCACAGCGCGUGAGCGACUCGUCCACAUCAGCGUCCACACGUUCAGGGGUGAGGCGACUCUCGAGGAGUUCUGUGUCAUCUAUCUGGGACGAGGACGUUUGCCUUUCAUCUGGUAUCGGCACAGAAAACAAUGAACGAAACCUCAUGAAUCAAUCACGAGACAAAGAGGUAGCAAGAGAAAGGCAAGAAAAAGUCUUCCGUAGAAGAUCGCGCGAUCUUUCACAUCCACCUACUGCAUUUACGAGGCAUGCCACCUCAUAUAAUAGUACGAGCACCAGCGUGGAUCUCGGGCGAGGCAGCGCGGAUCUUGACGCGACUUCAGACAUCGUUCGGGGUACGUCCAAUUUGGGAAUGGAUGCGUCUGUUACAGCGGUGGGCAUAUCAAGUUCAGAAAUCGACGCAGACGGUACAGAGUCUCCUGAGGCACCAAGCAAAAAUACAUUACGUAUCAAUCGUUCUCCCCCAGCGCCACCCUCAUCAAUGCCCGGCGCAGGAUCGCUCACCGUAGUUGGUGGGGGAUGGGGGAACGUUGGCAGGAAGCUUGGAGGUGAUGUGUUCUCCAAAAGCCAAAAACGAGCAUCCAUACUCCUCUCAGAUGUCUCCCAAUCCAUCGUAUCGGCACUGACUCCAGGCCCAGUAGCCACUUCCCCUGCGCCAGUCCCGACAUCAAUACCAACGCCGGCACCAUCCCUUUUCCCAUUUCCAUCAUCCCUCCGCACGCCCUCAAGCAGCAGCACUUCCUUACGCGGUUCCUCGGUCACUUCCGCUUCUUCUUCCUUCCUUACACCAUCAUCAAACACGAGCUCUCCACUGACGCGCUCGACGAACCUGCACACUCGCAAUCAUAUACCUGCCCCGCGCCCCGGGAGUUGGUUGGAAGAUGAAGAAGAGGAUACGGUGAAUGCUGGGAGGGUUAUGAUGCCGUCUGUGCUUGCGCCUACCUCUGCCUCUGCCCCUGCACUUAAGCUUUCUACCGCCUCUACGUCUACAUCAGUAGGCAAAACGCUCAAUUCACUUGCACCCACCAAAAGAGGCACGGCGACAGCGACUAGUUUCGAUGAUGAUGACGACUGGAAUUGGUAGCAGUUAACUUUGUUCGUUUUGGGGGCUCUCUGGCCGUUGUUGGAAGAUGAAAGGUAGAGAACAAGGAGCGGGUGCGCAGGCGUAUACGGUAUUGUAUGUUUAUAGUAUAGAUAUUCGCGCCUCCUUCGUUCCUGCAUGCUGGGACGGCAACAAGCUUUGAUGACGAUGAUGACUGGAGUUGGUACUUGCAGUAAAAGAUGACGAUGAAAAGUGGGAUGGGAGGGGUUCUGUUUGUAGAUAUUCAUUGUGUUUUUUGUUCUUGGCGGUAUUACCUGUGCUGGAUGCGUUGUCGCAUCGUAUUGA